ACGAAAACGACAGCGAGGGCUACGAAGAGUGAGCGAGUGUCGGGAGUUGUUUUUUUUUUUGUUGGGGUUGAAGUUUUGGAAGCUCGGGUUAGUACCACGUAUCGUCUCGUUUGGUGUGGAACGCGUGGUUGACCAAGGUUCAAUAUCUUCACGCUGUAUCGAUCAGCUUUUCAAGAUCUCCAUCUUUAUAGCGUGUAAGCAGUGUGUUUUUGUGUGGCAGACCAGAGGAUUAACCCGGACGCAGGACAUGGGCUGCUUAGGUAGUAAAGACCGCCUGUCCAAGGAGGACAUGGACUUUCUCAAAUCGCACACCCGGUACGAUGAGUCCACAAUCAAGGAAUGGUACAAAGGCUUCAAGCAAGAUUGUCCAAACGGCAAGCUAACGCCAGCGAAGUUUGUAGAUAUGUACAAAAUGUUCUUCCCGUCGGGCAAUGCAGAAGAGUUUUGCGAUCACGUCUUUCGAACGUUCGAUAUGGAUAAGAACGGUUAUAUCGAUUUUAAGGAAUUUCUGCUAGCAAUUGAUGUAACCUCGAGCGGCACACCGGAGGAGAAACUAAAAUGGGCGUUUAGGAUGUACGAUGUAGACGGUAACGGCGUAAUAGACAUUCAAGAAAUGACUAAAAUAGUGCAGGCAAUAUACGAUAUGCUUGGCGCGUGUUCGUCGAACAAACCGGCCGAUUCGGCGGAAGAGCGCGCGAAAAACAUCUUCGCCAAGAUGGAUGAAAAUAACGACGGUCAGCUGACGCAGGACGAGUUCCUGAAGGGUUGCCUGCAGGACGAGGAACUGUCCAAAAUGCUCGCACCCUAAGCGGGGACGCUGCGGCCUCCCUCAUUCAUCAUUGCCAUAUAUAAGACACCAUACAAUCAUACUUUUUUGCACACAUCCUAGCGCAAAGCAAACAAGCAAAAGAAAAGAAAACAAGACAAAAACACAAGCCAGGCAGAAACGCAAGCAAACAUUGCGAAAAGGAGAACGGAAACUAUCCAGAGGCAGAACAUUUACGAAACUAAGAAGAAUGAGGAAACGCAAACGGGAAGAGACAAAAGCAUAACAUAGCAAGAUGACAGUACUAUAUAUAGAGAGAAUUAUAUAUAUUUAGAUGAAAUGUAGGCGCAGCGCAACGAGAUCCAUACGAGAACCAUCAUACGAAAUGAUAGAGACACACCGGCAUGGAGACUAGCGCGUUCGGACACGUAACACGUCUCCGCUGAUCGCUACAACCAGAAUGUUGUGUCCUGACACACGCGCUCGAUUAGAAUCGCAGGCUAAAACGGGGCUGCUUAGUCUUUUCAUUCCAAAAAACCCUGCUCGCUCUCUCCAGCUCCGUGCACGAUCGUGCGACUAUUAUCUGUGUGUGUCUGCAGCGUUACGGGAACCAGCACCUCUCAAUCUGUGUCCUUUUGCUUUACUCUAGUCUCACCUCAUCAUGCCUCAGUUCGUAUGGGCACAGACCAUAGACCAUCAUAGUCUAGCAUGGAAUGGUGACACGUGUGUGUGUGUGUGUCUGGAACACAUUUCCCUACGGCAUGUUGUGCAGAUUGGCUCUCGCUUUGGCUCUCCUGCGUGUGUCCCGGGUGGUAGUGGUGGUCGAUGAAAAUUUAAUAAGAAAAUGGAAAGCCACCUCCUGCCCCCGGACGACCCGGUGGAGUGGAUGGAUGCGUCCACAAGGAAAGACAACCUUUAGGGAAUUUAUGCGUGCGAACGCCUAACCACAUUUAGCUGUAAUAGUACUCACGUCCUGCCAAGCGUCCAAAAAAACCUUCAAACCAUUUGCUGAUGUUGAUGCCGCUACGAUGUAAUGAUAUAUUGAUGAGAAUUUGAUAGAAAGAGCGGUGCGGACGGGUGUGACGCCUGCACGUGUGCGUGGGAGUGUGUUGUUGAAACCAUGCAGAGGACACUUGCAGAGGGCACACGCCGUCCGACAACGUCUCUGAGUCGCGCGAGUCAAUCGAAGGGUAUCUAAUGCCCCUCUCUACAAGAGCUAAGAUCUAAUCUAGGAUAAAUGUCGGAGCUGAAAAGGAAAAGCGUCGUCGUCGUGGUCGUCAUUGUUUUGCUCCGACCCGGUGGAGCAUCGAUUAGCGAACUAGGAGCGCUAUUGGACCAUUUAUUUUUGUGUGCUUUUCCAUUCUCUGUCUCUUUCUAAAAUCAGGCCAACCAAGGGGGAAAUGAAGCGCGUUUAGGAUGUAUAGUAGCUGUGUAUAUGCGCAACCAGUGUGUGGGUAGCGAAUGCUUCAGCGCUUCUCGUUAGUCACCAAUAGGAAGAAAUCAAUCGACACAAGCCGGCUGGCGUGCUGUGGGUGAGGAAGGGAGAUGGGUUUUUAAGUCGGACAGCGGAAAAAAUCCAUAACAAGGAAAAUAAACUACAUAAACACACUCAUACAGGCGCGCACUCCCGGCCAACCACAUAAGCACACCGUGUUCCACAGCGCGAAUAAAGCUAUUUAUCACAGCGAACCGUGACGAUAAUUGACGCACUGGACGUAAUGAGUAAAUGAACACAUAAAACCGGGAGCUCCGACACUUUACUCAUAUGGGUUGCCGCUGCGUCGCCUUGUCCGUGUACCACCAGGAUAGUGAGCGAAAGCGCAAAGCAAACAUUAAGGCGCUUGGCGAACGAUCGCUACCACUCGCCGACCGAGACCGAGAUAAACAAGGACACACCAUAAAACCAUAAAACCAGCACACAAAGAUGCCAUGAAAUUGCGUGAAACGAAACGCCGCGUACCGAAUGGCCCAAAAUCAUUCGCGACCGGUUCUCGGUGAUCGGGCACAAGGACGGACCCCAAAAACUGACUGGUGGGGGGUGGGCGUCAAUGGAGGCGGGUUUUCCGGUGCCUGUCAAUAUUUCUUUGCGCAAACAUCUUCAUCUUUGUGCGUAUGCGUGUGUGUGUGUACUUUUGUGGUUAUCUGUGGUGUGUGCGUCUGAGUUUGGGUGGAUAUGAAAAGGCUCGUUUCUUCUCGAAGCACUGGGCUAGAGACUCUCAUUAUCAAGCAAAAGAAUUCCAUCCAUGGCAGCAGCGCCGUUUUUUUGUUUUGUUUCUUUCUUCUCUCGCAUCUCUCCGCUAUUGUAUGGUUUCUGUAAUGCUUGGAGUCUUCAUAAAUGAGUGCGUGAUUCUGGCACGUUGUUUUUUCUUUUUUGUUAGUCCUCAAAGUGCGAUGGAACUUUACCGACUGAAAGACUUCAUUCAUAUUUAUUUGUAUGUAUAUUUGAACGUCUUCGGCAGCAGCGGCAUAUGCAUAGGCUUUUGCGUUAAUGGAACAACUCGAGGGCACGCAGCGUAGUGUAUGUGAGAGGAUUCCAUUUUGUUUUACUUCUUUUCUUUUUUGGGGUUUUUUCUUGGUGCUGUAUGUAGUUGUGCUCUCAAUUCACAUUCGUUUCAUUAUGCCUUGGUGCAAUUUCUAUCCCUCCAUUAAGUAAGAGCUAGUAUGAUUUUAAUGAAACAUUCAAUGAAAGAGGCGAAAAUCGGGUGCCUCCGUUUUUCGUUUUUGAUUCCCAUUCCCAUCACGUUGUUGCCCUGCUGAUCAGAACUGAUCACAAUGAAACAAUUCUAUUGACCGAACUUCUAUUCACUACGCGAAAAUUUCCAUAAUUUUGACUCUCUGAAUCAAUAAAUCAGUGAAAGUGAAAGCAGUGAAAGUCUUGCCAAUGCGAAGAAAAAAUUACCAAUUCGUCCACUUAAGCACACACUCCCCACAGCUUGAGGCAAAACUGUGUGCAUUAUCGUCGGCCAAUAAUUGGUGAGCUGAAAAAAUUAUUUGUUCGACCGAAAAAAAAAACCGCAACACCAGUAGAUGGACAGGGUUUUCGUUGAAUUUGUGUGACAAUUGUGUGUGAUUGUGUUUUGAUUUUUGGCAAGAAAAAAGCUCUCUCAGACUUCUGUAAAUAUUGAUCGACGUUAAACAAUAGAACGUUUUGCCUUGGCUCGUUCUAAUAUUGAUUUUAAAAUGUGCUGCCCGUGUACUAGCAUCGGGAAUGCGGUAUCAUUUUAUGUCGGCAGUAAUCGGAUUAUGGGUUUUUUUUUUGCUUGGCGCAAUCAAAUGAUAUUUUCUAAAUAUGAUCAACUGUGAGCAACUAAAAAAGGGAUGGGAAUGGUUCAACAUUUACUUGACCGCUGAAAGCUUUUGGAAAAUGGAGGGAAGUUUUAUAGUUGAUAUAUUAUUUAUAACGUUUUUUUUAAUUGGUUUCUUUUGAUGAAUUGUUUCAACGUUCGUUAAUGCUUGUUUAAAUCUUUGUUGGGGAACAGUUUGUUGUAUAUUGUUGCGUUAGCAUUUCUAGUCAAUUUUUAUGAAGGAAAACGCUCUUCUCUUGUUGAAGGCUCGUAAAGGUUCAUAAAUUGCAUCUCUCAAUUUUUUUACACUUAAAGCUGCUUGUUUUGAUUUAAAAGAAACCCGCAACGACCGACUGAUUCAAGCGCUGAGCAUUUAGUUGCUGACAGCUUACGUUUGUCGACACACGACGCGGUGUAUGGAAUCGAAUUAUGAUAAAAAAUAUUAAAAACCAUGAAAUGAAGGAACUUUUUUUUGCAUGAUGCAUGACGGCCGUAAAGAGACAAAUUUAAGAUUGUAGAAUAAAAUAGCAUGGUAAUAUUACACACACAAAGAAAAACAAAACACAGCAAAACUGCACCGGCGAAGAGAAGGCGCGAGCGAUUGAGAACCUAAGAGCACUACUGUUGAUAUAUUUAUAUUAUGCAGAACAAAACAAAGUAAAGCAACAACAAAAAAGCCCAACACACCACCCAACCCAAGAACAAAGAAUGGCGACCGCAGCCUAGCGCAUCAAACCAUUGUUACUCCAUUUAGUGAUUGCUGAGGCAUAAUAAGGCAAGGCAAAGGAAUAAAACAAUGGGGGGGGGGAGGGGAAGGGCAUUAAGCUAAAAACCCAAACAACAUAUGCACUCACGUACACGAACGCAAGGAACAAACAAAACAAAACCAAAAACAACACAAAAAUAAUACUAGAUGUCAAAUUCGAGAGCAAGCUCAUACUAAUAAAUUUAAAGCAACACACAAAGAAAAGCAAACCAAAUGGGAAGAGAAAAAUAUUCAUUUUUGCACAAGUUUAACUGGUGUCUACUAGCACAAACAAACGGAACAAAGGGAAAACAUAAUGAGCGUGCAUUAGAGGCAGCAACUGCAACAACCAUUCCUCACCGUCACUCGUUCAUGUUCGCGAUUUUCCCUGCCCCUAGCAAGAGGACAGGGCUAGAGUUGAAAUGGUGGUCAUAACAGCGAAACGGACAAAAGUGACGAAAGACUCGACGCAUAUGCAACAACAAUUUAAUCGAAGCACAUAACAAAAAAAACCCACACUCACACCCAAAAACUCUUCACUCUAAAUGUGUAAAAGCUCCAUUUCGCGAAUGUACUGUGGAUCGUUAGAAAAAGCAGGGGAGAGCGAAACCAAAAUACAAUACUUUUCGAAAGUGUUGGUCAAGAUGUGUAGUUUGCGAAGUAAUUUUCCGUGAAAGGUAAGGAUGGCUCCCGCGUAUAACUAUAUUUAAACAAAACAAACAAGCAAAGCUAACGUAAAUUUCAAAUCCCGCAUCAAAUUUCUUACACACUACAGAAAAACAUGAGAACUAAAGGCAAUUUAAAUUUAAACUCGCGUCAAAAAUUCCAGUCCUUGGCAAAAAAAGGAAAGGAUUCCCCCUGUUUAAGAACGAGUCCCCCGAAAAUGGCUAGAAAUGGCGCAAGGAAGGUGUUAAUUGAGCUACAGAAGCAGAAGAGGAAAACAAAAACAAAACUUAAGUAUAGAGCAUUGUGUGAUGUUGAUGGAAUGUUUUCUUUUUUCUAUAUUAAAAUAAUAUUAACAACAAACAGAGCAUUACUGGAGACAGGUACACACAAAGUAAGAGAAGCAAGCAACAACAAACGAAACGAGCAACAAAAAAAGCAACACUUCAAGCAUAUUUGUAAACAAAAGCAAGAGAACAACAAACAAACAAACAAACAAAACACAAACACACACAAAACAAAGAGAAUGGGAAACAUACAAUUAAGCGAAAACAAAGCUUAAAAUGGUAAGGAAAAUCUUUCCUAAACAAAAAAACAAAGAAAUAUUGCGCUUUCGCUAGUUUUUUACAUUUUUCUACUGGCUGUGUUCGGUUCAUUUCUCGUACUUUGAAACCAAAAACGUCACUCUACUCUACAGAGCAACCAAAACCAGAAGGCACAACUGCUACAACAACAAACCACAUUACCAUCCCCAUACACUAACGAACGCGUACAGCAUACUUCCCUGCGUAUGCCUAUGCAAAGGGGGCAAAAUAGUCGUUUUGAGACCGAAAAAUGAAAUUCCCAUUGAUGGAUUCACCCGGAUGUCUUGUCGUUACUGUCGUCGCCUGUAUGAACAUCCCUUUUUCCCCGAAUAAAAAGCCUGUUUUCAAUCGUUUUCGAAAUAAAAUACAUGUUUUAACUAUAAAAAAAA